AUGGCGGAGCGGGCUUCGGUUCGGAAUACUGCUAAUCGGGCUCCUGCACCUCCACCAUUACUGACAUUUCUGGCUUUUCUCGCAAGCCUAGGAGGCUCGGGUAGUAUCCCCGAUAUUCCUAACGCUCAGAUAGUACAAGAUGCUCCGGCGGUCAUGGAUACCCCACCAGCACCGGAGAUACCGCUCCCAAGUGGCCCCAAUGCGGUUGCUCCUGAUGAGGCUGGGAUUAACAAGCCUCCACCCUCGAACCCGAUGAGGAGUUGCUGUGGAAGUAGGAAGAAUGGGAGGCGGUUGGUUGUUUGCAUUGAUGGGACCUCGAAUCAAUAUGGUGAUAAGAACACGAACGUCAUAGAGCUGUACCGCCUGAUCCGCAAGGGGGAAGGUGACAAUCAGCUCACUUACUACAACAGCGGUAUUGGAACAUAUGCCCAGCCGUCGUCGAAGACGUGGUCGUAUUAUAAAAGAACGAUUGGUCACAAGCUCGAUCUCGCUAUCGCAUGGAACUUCGAGCGCAUUCUCCUUGGCGCGUACCACUGGUUAUCCGAGAAUUAUAGGGACGGAGACUGCAUAUUCUUGUUUGGCUUUUCGCGGGGCGCGUAUCAAGUCCGCACACUCUCCGCAAUGAUACGCAAGGUCGGGUUGAUUCAUCGGGGUAACGAGGCGCAAAUUCCAUUUGCCUAUCAGUUAUAUGCCGAUCCUGAGAGUGACUUGGUUCAUCCUCCUGCUAAGGACAUUGAAGAUCCGGAGGCGUCUAUUCCACGGGAGUCGUCUGCUGCAACUUUCAAGACGACAUUCUCCCGUGAGGUCAAGGUCCACUUUGUCGGCGCAUGGGAUACGGUGUCAUCGAUUGGGGUGGUACGUGCCAGAAAACUCCUCCCCGAGACAAUCGAUGGUAUGACGCACGUCUGCUUCUUCCGGCACGCAUUGGCUCUGGACGAGCGUCGAGUCAAGUUUCUGCCAGAGUACGCAAAUGGUGGCGCUGGACCUUCCAAGUCACAGCUAGAGCCGGUUUCGGACGAAUCUCAACCACACACGAAGGAGGUGUGGUUUGCGGGGACACAUUCGGACGUAGGUGGUGGAAAUGAAGAGAACAAGAGCCUCAAUCGCACUCGCCCUUCUCUGAGAUGGAUGUUCUCUGAGGCCUCCGCCGCUGGGCUUCGCUUUGAUCACUUCAUACGCAACUCUGAGGAUAUCGAUGACAUCAAGAUCGGGAAGGAGUCUCUCACCCUUGUAUGGAGGGUAUUCGAGCAUGCGCCCUUCCGUCGCCUGACAUACGGCGAGCGGAAAGGUGGAGGGCGCUGGAUAGAUAAUCGAUGGGGACUUGUCGAAAUUCUCGUCCUGCUCGUAUGGAAAUUGGUUGAGUUGCUUCUCAACCUCCUUCACUUCUUGUGGAAGCUUGUCACCAUGGACAAGCGUGGGCUCCGCGCGGGUUGGUCUGUAUUCCGGCCCUUGACAAGUCUGGCUCAGCCGACCAGUGUCGAUGAUCAGAAGGCAGAGGGCUGGCGAGCAAACAAGACAACCUCUUGGCCACAUCGUGGCAAGGGACGCGUCAUUCAGUUUGGCCAGCGAAUCCAUACCUCGGUCUGGCGUUCGAAGAAUCUCAGCACGGUCGUUGCCGAGAAUCCCACUGGCGCACCAGAGUCGAACGUCAUGAAGACUUCGAUGUCUGCCACAAUGUCCCGCUCGGUUCUCUCUCGCCUAACCUUUUGGAGCCAGUCGCAGACGAUGUACACGCCAAGCGCGUACUUGCCUUCGGAGCCAGAGUUUUGGCAGAAGAUAAGGCAACCGGAUACGGCGCUCAUCGGCACGGCGGAUGAAUGGAAAGACUGGAGGGAGGUGGAUCUGUACGAUUCGAUUCCUGACCUGUUCCGACAGUACAUCGCCCACCCCGCGGUCGACCCUAACGACGAUUCACAGCGGACACAACUGGCAAUGAUGAGCAUACAUGCCAAAUCAGUGGAGGGCCGCGACGUGUUGCUUCGUGGGCUACACGGGCUUCUAAGCGACCAUGCCAGGCCCAUAGCAGUAGAUAUUCUGUGUAGUGUCUUGGCGAUCCUCACCCGGGCCGGGACGAGGGCGAAGGACUCCUCGCCUCUUGAACUGUGGCCUCAUAUAAUACACCGCUUACCUGCAGAAGCCACGGACGACCAACGCCAGACCAUCCGGCUUUUCAUGGAGAACUUAGCAGACGGUCCAGACAAUCAUUUAUCGUAUAUAUUCCAACAAUACGUCGGCUACGAUAGCAAGAUAGAGAGCGAUGUCACACAACACCGUCAGCUUGAUGCGAUACGCUUCUAUGCAAGCUUAGCGGAUACGCGGCAAAUGCUCUUUGACGAGUUAAAGAAGUGCUUGCAACUCGCACCGUCCAACGAAGAUCCCACGCCUGCCCACAUCGACAGUAGUAUUCUCUGCAGCGUUUUAAGCGCAAUCCUGGAGAGAUCUUCUGGCCGCCCCGAUGAGAUGCUGGGACAAUACAGGACAGUACGAUCGCAGAUCUUGCGCCAUAUCGGGGACUCGGCAAGUCAAGAAGAUCUUCAGAUCGUACAGCGCUUUGUGGGACAUUUCUCGGAUUUGGUUUGGCGAAGUCUGAGCAAUCAGACUGUCCCUGUCUGUUCCGUUACGUUUUCGCCCGAUGGAAGGCACAUUGCCUCAGGCUCAUUCGAUUCGAUGGUGAGAAUUUGGGACUUGGACGACGUCGAAACCGUGACUACUUGUGAGGGACAUAGCGACGUGGUGUGGACCGUCGCAUUCUCUCCGGAUGGUAAAUCCGUUGCAUCAGGCUCAGGCGACGGCAAGAUCCGAAUAUGGGAUGUGGGAACGGGGGGGCAGUCUGGCGAGCCAUUCUCGGGGCACGCUGAGUGGGUCAGGUCCGUCAUGUUUUCCUCAGACGGGCGACACCUUCUCUCCGGCUCGAAUGACAACGAGCUUCGGAUCUGGGACGUGGCAACGGGCGAAACAGUUGGAGAAGUGUUUUCGGGUCAUGAGAUGAGAGUCUACUCUGCUGCAUUCUCUCCCGAUGACAGGUGGAUCGUGUCAAGCUCUCGCGACUACUCAGUGCGCAUCUGGGAUGUUGAGACGAGAAGAUUGAUAGGGAGUCCGCGCAUGGGGCAGCUCAGAGACGGAGGUCGACCAGAAAGCAAUUCCGUCAGGUCCGUUGCGUUUUCUCCGGAUGGCAAGCUCAUAGUAUCUGCAUAUGGCAUUACGGUGAGACUGUGGUCAGUGGCAGUGGCGGCAGAGGGCCAAGAUGUGGCGGUGGAGAGCUUGGCGUCGUUCAACGGCCAUACUGGCCCGGUGAAUUGUGUGGGCUUCUCGCAGGAUGGACAGCGCAUCGUCUCGGCCUCAGACGAUCAUACGAUCCGGAUGUGGGAUGUGGCGACGAGACGACAGCUGGGAAGGCCGUUUACUGGGCACGCCGAGGGUGUAUCGUCGGUCGCGCUGUCUCCGGAUGGUAGACGCAUAGUGUCCGGCUCGAAAGAUAACACGGUCCGGUUGUGGGAUGUGCCAGAGUUCCCACGGCCGGCACCGCCGAGGCAGAGACGGCAGCGCGAAGAAAGCAGGGCCCUCUUAGCGCACGCGGAGGAUGGGUCAGAUCUGGAGGCGUGA